AUGCAUUUGCAUUUUGAGAAAAACUCCAACACAAGAUGCGACUGCCCGAUACUGUCGUUGUCCUGGAUGGGGAAGGUACCGGAUGACAUCCCGGAGGAGGAAGGCUGGAAACUGAAUCGCACCAACUACUACCAAGAAGGAUGGCUGGCAACGGGGAACGUGCGUGGUAUCGUCGGUGUUACGUUCACGACAUCGCACUGCAAGAAAAACGUCGAUUACCCGCUGCGGACAAAUUAUAACCUUCGGGGCCAUCGGUCCGAUGUGAUUCUGGUGAAGUGGAACGAACCCUACCAGAAGCUGGCGAGCUGUGAUAGUUCCGGCAUCAUCUUCGUCUGGAUCAAGUACGAAGGCCGGUGGAGCGUGGAGCUGAUCAACGAUCGCAACACGCCGGUGACGCACUUCUCCUGGUCGCACGAUGGUCGCAUGGCCCUGAUCUGCUACCAGGACGGCUUUGUGCUGGUUGGAUCGGUGGCUGGCCAGCGUUACUGGUCGUCGAUGCUGAACCUAGACGCCACCAUAACGUGCGGCAUCUGGACGCCGGACGAUCAGCAGGUGUACUUCGGUACCUCCCAGGGUACCAUAAUUGUGAUGGAUGUUCACGGCGCGAUGGUGUCGCAGGUACCGCUCAGCUCGGACGUCGGCAUCACGGCGAUGGCGUGGUCGUGCGAAAAGUUCAAGAUGGAGGAAGGCGAGGAUACCGAGCCGGGCGUGACGAACGCUUCGAAGCGUAGCUUCGUGCUGGCCGUCAGCUUCCAGAACGGGUACAUCUAUCUGCUAAAGUCGUACGACGACAUCACGCCCAACCAGCUCAACACCGGCAUGAACGGGGCACUGGGCAUCGUGAUGGAGUGGAGCAACUCGCGCGAACUGUUGGCCGUGGCCGGCACCGAGCACGGAGCCCCGCACACGACCGACGGCAAUGGUGCUACGGUGUACAGCAACCUACUGAAGUUCUACACCGAGUCCGGAAAUCUUCUCUACACCGCCAAAAUCCCCAACAGUACGUAUCCCGUAUCGGCGCUCACUUGGGGCCACAACGAUAAGCGUAUCUUCAUCGCCACCGGAACACAGGUCCACAUCGCGUGGGUUUCACGGCGCGUCGCGUCACUGCAGCUGUUUUGUAGGCUGAAAGUUCAGUCCUCGCUGGCAUCCGAAGCCCUGCUGCCCCGGUUACCGCUCCCGGGGCGAAUCAAGGCGCUGAUCGGCAACCUAUUUGCUCAAACCAUACGAUGCUGCGUUCCGGAUUUGAAGUCUCUGCGAGAGUUUGUCUCCAGGCCACCGGCCUGUUCGACGCGACUGCACUGCACUAUGAUAAGACAUGACGACGAUUCGAACCAGAGCUCAGGGACAUGCUAUACGCUCUAUCUGGAGUUUCUCGGAGGCCUGGUGCCUCUGCUGAAAGGCAAGCGGACCUCUAAAAUUCGACCGGAGUUUGUGAUAUUCGAUCCUCAGGUUGACGAAGUUUCUACUUACUGUACAUACUCAUCCGAUUCGACGACUACUACGACGACCACGAAAAGCUCGUCGACAUCGAGCCACUCGACGAACGGCACGAACGGUCGCUCUGACAGCUCCGAAAGUGAUAUCGACGACGAGUGCCGUAAGUACGGUCAAGAUCCGGUAGCACCUACCCAAGAGUAACGUUUGCCAAUUUGUGUCGCCCCAGGGUCACCUCGUUUGGAUAGGAAACGGAAAUCUGGUAAUCCCAAAAAACGCGUCCCAAACGGUACCGACCGUUCGCCAAACCAGAAUUCCGACUCGACGGAAAACAAUGAAGAUCUCGCGUAUUUGGACACGCUGCCCGAGCACGUAAAGCUGGUGGAAGUUACCUCCAACAUCUGGGGGACAAAGUUCAAGAUACACGGGCUAGCGAAAACGCUUCCGGCUAACCUUGGGCAGGUGACGUACAAAACGUCACUGUUACACCUGCAACCGCGCCAAAUGAAGCUGGUCAUAACGGAGCUGCGAGAUGACUUUCCCACCGGUCCGGAUCCGAGCUUUAAUCCAAACAUUUUCUCCGAAGACGAAGAGGACCAGCAACAGCAGCAACAGCUGCUGCUUCACCAACAGCAGCAGCAGCAACACCAGCAACAACAACACCACCAACAACAGCAGCAUUACUCGCAACCGCUGCAACCCGCGCACAGCCACGGUGGGCCGGGCCUAUCCGCCCGGGACGGUGUCACGUCGGGGGUGUUGAGUAGAAAGCUGCUCACCGAAAGUGCACCACCGAUUGCGCCGAUGUCCCCUCGGCCGAACCGGUUUCCGUCGCGCCCCCGGCGACAACCGUCCACCCUGGCCGGCUGCGGAUCGUCGGCUGGCGGAUCACGCGGCGUAACGCUGCCCGGAUUGGGACCGUUGGCACGGGCGGAGUCGUACGAAGACGAUACGGACACGGCCCCGGACUCGACGGUGACGGUCGUCGGUGAACUGCACUCGGUUCACGCGACCACGGCACGUACCCCACCGCGGCAAAGCAUCGGCUACAGUCUCGUCAGUCGGCCGUCGUCCACUUCCAGCAACCAAUCGAGGGUCGCGAUAAGCCCUCUGUACUGCGAGGGUUCCGUACCGACGCUGCAGUCACCGAAGAAUGCCGUCGCACCGAGUGACAUCAUCUUCGACCGUCCACCGGCCGGGCAGACCACCUUGAUGAGCUACUCCAGCAACGCGGACUACAUGACCAGUGUGGUGCAGGUGAAGAACUCCCUCAUCUCGUCCUCAUCCGACCACAGUCAUCACCACAGCCACCAUCUGCACCAUCACCAUCAUCCGACGCUCCGCUCCGGUGCCUCCGGGCCUUUGCCACCGAACCUGAACCUCAAUUUUGAGCGAUCCGAUCCUUCGCCGCGGCCACCCGUGUGUGUCGGUGCGAGUCCGAGCCCCGGGAAAGAUUUGCAGCCCAGUGCCAGUGCCAAGGGUACGCCCAAGAAGCAGAGCCUCAAGUUUAUCGAUGAAGAAUCCACACCGAGCAGCUCGGCCACACCGUCGGCCGUGGUGCCGGCUGGAGCGGGUGGCUCUUCGCCCGCUCCGGAAACGAACCCUGGCCCGCUGGAAACUCCGACGCACGGAAUGCACCGUACUCCGACCGUGGCGUCGAUGAUGCCGUACACCACCACCGGUGGUGGUCUGGCGUCCGGAUCGGCCCGCAUUCCCGAUUCCAUUACGCGCAGCUGCAGCGUCGGCUAUCUGGACAACAUGGCGAUCGUGCCGGGUGAGGAGGCGCUCUCGAUGAUGCGCCGCGACGCACCCUACAAGCGGUUGGUGCUGGUCGACAAGAAGCGCCAGAAGAAGAGCAAGCGCAACUUGGACGACCUGCGGCGGGUUGACGCGCGGUUGCGCUCGGACGCGAAAUCGAAGAGCCUGGACUCGUGCGACGUGCUGCAGGACGUACCGAAUCUGAACCGCGAUCUGAUCAACCUGUUCCGUCAGAUGCCGAAGGUCAACGAGCUGUCCGAAAACGAGACCGAGUAUUCGUCGUCCGAUCAACUGUUGCCCAGUGGCAAACCCCGAACCACCACGGUCCGCAAGGGAGCCCCGAUGAAGUUUGGCCCGGGCGUUUCCGGUAUGGGUGGCUCCAAAACACCCAUCCUGAACCGGAGGGAAAAGCCAAAAUGCUGCUCCGUAUGCAAACAGAUCUCGCCGACGGUGAACUCUACCGAAACGGUGUGCGUCAAGUGCCGGAAGACCAGCACCGUCCACGGAGCAGGUUCCGGAGAGGCGCUAACGAAAGACAACAGUGCGUCCGGGACCACGAACGGUGGUGGAGUGGACGGUGCAGUGGGGGCCUCGAAACCUCCACAGGUCCCACCGAAGACUAAGCGUACCACCCUGGGGCAGUAUCUGCGAUCGGCCUGCAGUAACCACUACGGUGACCACUCAUCGAAGGAGUCACAGGCCGGGGCAGGCACUUCCGGUGGAAAGUGUGGGUUCUUCGAUCGAAGGUCCACGCUCAGCUCGGGCACUAGCAGCGAAGGGAGCGCCUGUUCUACCGAUGGGCCGGUCCCGCCUACACCGUCCCGAUCGGUGGCCCGGAUCGUGACCAGCUUCACCGACAGUCCGCUCUUCUCCCGACGCAAUCGCCAAGCCAAGGCGGACUCCGGGAAGCCUCAGAGUGAAAGCAACACUCCGAUUCUGCUGCGCUGGAAUGGCCGGCAGACCCGCAAAUCCGAUUCACUUGACUCCCCGAAGAAACACCGCCGCAAUGGGAGUUGCCCUGGACCAAGUAAAGACUCGGCGGCGGUCGGCGGUGAAGCCGUCGUCACGGCGUCCACCUCCUCCCAGACGGACGAUGGGCCGAUGGGCGGCGGGACUGUUCCUUCGUCGGGACCUUCGGCGGCAGUGCCGCCCGCCGUCCCCGCCACCAUUAUCAGCCGCUGGCGGGACAUGGACGAUAGUGGCCGUCAAUCGACACCACCCGCGUCACCGGCUCGGCUGGCCCGCAGCUCGCCGGCGUCGCCGACCCCCAGCAAGAAGAGCAAGCGGCACCAGAGUGCCUCGCCUAUACGGCACAUCCUGAACUCGCCGCUCCUCAACCGCCGGCAGCGCAAGAAGCAGCACACCGAAAGCUCGGACGACGAGAACGGUAGCGGGAACCACAACAACAACAACCACAGCAGCCCCAGCAACCACACCGAUGACAGCAGUGGCAGUGGCAGUGGCGCGAAGCAGUACCGGGAUCUCGAAACAUUCCAGAAAGCUCAGCUGCGCCAAAAGCUGAAACGUGGUAAGAUCGAGCCGAACGGAGUGGCUAGCACGACGGCGUCGCCGGCCCCGGUACGGCGGGAGUUUGUGAUGCACAACAAGGCCCCGAUGUGGAACGAAAACAGUCAGGUCUACCAGCUGGACUUUGGCGGCCGUGUUACCCAGGAGUCAGCCAAGAACUUCCAGAUCGAGUUCCGUGGAAAACAGGUCAUGCAGUUUGGACGCAUCGAUGGCAACGCGUACACGCUCGACUUUCAGUAUCCGUUCUCAGCGCUGCAAGCGUUUGCGGUGGCGCUGGCCAACGUUACCCAGCGGUUGAAGUAAUGGGGGUAGGCACCGUGCCCUCUCGCGCCUUACUUUCUAGGUAAAAUAGCAAGUGUAGCCAAAUAGGAUGGCGGUGAAUGGCGCCCAGUGGCGCGGCAUGCUCUACAUAUCACAUCGGAGAAGGAGACCACGCCAGAGAACGAAUCGUCGGAUUGUCGGCGCAUUCCGGUUGGUGACCGGCCAUUAGCUUGGGUGCGUCUACGUA